GUGGUUUCGUGGCCGGUGACCAUGCAUAUAUAGCAACUCCAUUACUUCUGCUUCUUAUUCUUCUUCUUCUUAUCCCUCUCUAUUCCUCUCUUCGAUUCCGGAGACUGGUCCCGUCGCUGUCGUGGCCUGUUCCAUUGGAGGAGGAUCGCCCGGGUAGAGGGAGAGGCUGGAACGGAAGAGGAAGGCGAUUGCAUGGUGAUUACCUGACAUGGAGGAACACAUGGGAAGGCGAACAGUUGGCGGCCUUCUCUUCACCAAGGGGGGCUCAAUCCUGCUCUUCCGAGAAGACGGUUCGCGCCGCAAAGCUAACACUUGCUGCUCGCGCCAUGGUUGUAGCAGUCGGCAUUCGGUUGACAAAGCCAAAGGCAAGGAAAUGCACAUGGCAGCGGUUCCCAAUGAAUCGACACCGGCUACACCUCGGAGAUCACAAAUUUUCAGGAAGCCCAACAGAAAGCCUCCACAGGAAUGCGGUGCUUCAGACAGCAUCAGCAGGGAUGCUGGAAGCUCUUGUAGCGAAACUGGCAACAGGUCAAGAGACACUCCCGGGCGUGAUCUACUGGCUCGGCUAAAGGACAGGGUCAAUGCAUCAAGAAAGCGAUCAUUGAACAGGGAGAACAGUCCUUCAUCACAAAAUGGAUUCGGUGCUAGUUCCCCAAGCAGUAGCCGGUCAGUCUCAAGACCGUCGCACCGGGCAGCUUCGCGCACAAGGAAAGCAGUUGAAGGUGCAAAUGCAGGUGCUGACAGUGUGCACAGAGAUACCACUGGAGAUGCUAGAAGGAGUUCAGAGAGGAGUGACGAUGACCUGUUGCUGAUUGAGCAGAUAACAAGAGAUCAGGUGCCAAGUGAAGGGUUUCUCUCUGGAUUCAUGGCAAGAUACAGAAGUGGUCUCCAGGGAGGACUUUCAUCUCUAGAGGACAGCAUGGACAAUUCAAAUGGAUACUGGCGCUUUGAUAUGGGAGGAAGUGAAGAGCUUGAGAACUACUUCAUAUUCAAUGAUCGACAUAGAGGAAUGAGGAUGGAUAUCGACGGCAUGUCUUACGAAGAAUUGCUAGCCUUGGGGGAGCGAAUUGGUACUGUAAACACUGGUCUUUCAGAUGAUGCAUUGUCCAAGUGCCUAAAAAGGAGCCUCUACAUGCCCACAGCUUCAGGUUCUCAUGAAGAUUGUGACAAAAAGUGCAGCAUAUGCCAGGAGGAAUACUCAGUCGGCGAGGUGGUGGGCAAGAUGGCGUGUAAACACUACUACCACAUUUCCUGCAUAAAACACUGGCUCCGGCAGAAGAACUGGUGCCCUAUCUGCAAAUCCGUUGCUCUGAAUACCAACUAGCAACAUGUUUCAUCUUUCGUCAAAAAUGAAGUGUAUAGAUUCUUCAUGUCUAGACACAUUUUUUUUUACCUUUUUUAGAACAAAACGAAUCAUUUGUUUGGACCUUCAGACGUGCUUGGUUCUUGGUUUCCUUCAGUUCCACAACUCGCAGUGAGGACAAGGGAUCACGAAAUAACUCUGGUGGAAGUGGGGGAUUACUUUGUCAUUAUUCUAUUGUCGGAGUCGGUGUUCAAUUCGUGUUCUUUGUCUGUGUUUGUAAAUACACACAUUUUCAUCACAUUCGUUUCAAGGGGUGGUUAUUGUUAAGUGCAGAUUUUUAGAAACAUGAACACGGAUAAUGAAUUGUUGACCA